CAUGAUCAUCGGUCUUAGUCUUGUCUUGUCUACGCCGUCUUGUUACUCAACCCUUAUCCCCUUGGUCGGUUGAUCUCACGCCUUCUCGAAGCUUUAAUACUUGCUUCAUCCUCCAUCAAAAGCUUCUCGACACUCGACCAUCACUUCACGACUUCUAACAGUCAAAAUGGUUUCCACAAAGAGCCUGCUGCUUGCUGCCUUCACAACAAUAGCAUACGCUGCUCCCACAAAGGGUCCCUGCAAAUCCCUAACACCAACUCUUCCCAGCACAGGAGGCGAUGACCUCGUAGCCCCCUCCCCCACCGCCCGCCUCAAGAAAAUCGCCCUCGGCCACGGCAUCCAAAAUUACACCUGCAGCGCACCCGAUGCCACCCCCUCCGCCACCGGCGCUCUCGCCGUCCUCUACGACGUCACCACCCUCUACCCGGGCCUCUCCAAAACCGCUUUGUCCUCCAAUGCCUUCAACUCCCUCCCCCACCUCCUCCUCUGGGACCGCCCCGUGCCCCUAAACCGGCCCUCCAACUCCUCUUACUCAGCCGACACCACCGCUCCUUUCCCCGCGCACGACGACCUCAAGGGACUAGCCGACUACCCAUCCCUCAAGUACGCGGGGCACCACUUCUUCGAUUCGACUGGCACGCCAACGUUUGAUCUGGAUGCUUCCGGGAUGAGGGCCAGCGUGUUGAAGACGGGUGAUGUCAGCGCGCCUAAAGAUGCGGAUAAGGGCGUGUUGGAUACGGGGGCUGUGGCGUGGUUGAGGUUGACGGAUAGUAAGAAGGGGGAGAGUAAGGGAGUGAAUUUGGUGUACAGGGUUUUGACGGCGGGGGGCAAUUCGGAGGGGUGUGCUGUUGCGGGGACGGGAGUGCAGAGUGUGCCGUAUACGGCUUUUUAUUGGUUUUAUGAGGAGUAGAUGCUAUAUGGCAGGGUUGGUGGUGACGGGAAGGAAGAAGGGGAGGGGGAAGGGGACUUGAGCAAGUCAAAUCGGGUGCUAAUCUUUGGUUGUCGGUGAUGAAAACUUGGGGGAGUGGUCACGGUUCGGAGUUACGGUUUGUUGUCUUUUGGCUU